AUGGAUCUGUCCCAUGCGAUGACUUCAUCCAGUGACGAUGAAACCAGGGCACUUAGUACAUUGCUUGAUGUGUUCAGCUGUGCCUUUUCACUUGAUGAUAUAGCUGACGCAUAUAUCAAAGCAAAUGGCGAUGCCAACAAAGCUGGAGAUUUCUUAACCGACCUUCAACUUUCGUUGCCUCAUAUCAAUGAUGUUGAGUCAAGUGUCGAGACUAACCUUUCCCAUACUGACAAGGCAGUUGAAGAAAAGCAUAUCGAGAAUUCAGAUCAAACAAAAAUGCCAGAAAAGUUGCAUAAGUCUAGUGCUGCAUUUGGUACUGUCUCCAGCAUGUUAGGAAAAGAACCUACCAGGGCUACAACAACAGCGAGUAGAGCAUCAAAAAAAGACAAACCUCUUAGGGUUGAACUGCCUGAGUACAUGCGGGAUGAUUUUAAGAUGAAAUCUGAUGAAUCUGACUCUGCACCAAGGAGAGAGACUCUGAAUGACAGGGAUGUUGAGGAGUUUUUGUUUUGCAUGCUUGGUGAAGGAUUUAAGCUCAGUAUGGAAUUGAUCCGUGAAGUUCUAGGCAGCUGUGGAUAUGAUAUUAAGAAGAGCAUGGAGGAAUUGAUGUCAUUUUCUGAAAAAGAUCCAGACAAAAAGGCAGAAAGCAAACAUAACGUGAUAAAAGAUGUGGCAGUAGAAUGUUCUGUUCCAAAGGGAAGAUGCUUAGGCUCGCAGUCAACAGAGGGAACGCAGAGGUCAAAGCCAAAGAUUUCUCCAGGAGAGUUGAUAGAAGCAAUCUUCACUGUACCUGAACGAUUGGAGGAGGAGCCAAAAUUAAAACGAUAUGAAUUAGGCGCAAAUCGAAACAGAGUCCCAUAUCAGAAACCAGUCCUGAAACCUCUUGAGGACAUUUCAACAUAUUCUACUGAGUUUCCCAUCAAAGUUAUCUUAGGUAGCAAAGCACCAUCUGUGAAUGAGGAGGAAUACCAGAACUACCGCAGGGCUGCAAAGCAGCAUUGGGAUAUGAUGAAACAGUACUAUGAGAAGGCUGCUGAUGCUUUUAGGGAGGGUAACCAGAAAGAAGUCGAUUAUCUUAUACAGGAAGGCAAGCGCUGUUAUCAGAUGGCUCGAUGGGCUGAUGAGAAAUCUGCUGGGGAGAUUAUCAAGCCCAAGGAAACAGAGUCAAAAAAUGAAUUUUGUCUUGAUCUACGCAAACAAGAUGCAGCAAAUGUUUCUAGUCUCUUGAGACUCCAUCUUAAACAGUUGGCAAACAUUCCAUCUUUUGAUUAUCUGAAAGUUAUCAUUGGUGUUGAUGACGGCAGUUUCAAGAUGGGACAAAGAAGAAGAAAGGUGAUGAAGUAUGUGGAAAAGAAUUCACUCCAUUGGACUGAAGAAGAGCCCCGCUCUGGGAACAUCCUUAUCCGGAUUAAUCAGGUGGAAAAUCAGCAGGGAUAG